CGCACGUGCCGCGGGAUCUGAGCAACGGGAUACUUACCUUCGAGCAGGACUCGCCGCGAUGAUCGGAUACCUCAUCCUUGUAUUUGCAAUGUCGAGCGCCACUCUGGCGAUUCCACAAUGGUACGGAGGACCAGCUUAUGCGCCUCACGCUUCCCCAGCGCCUUUGGGCCCCGAUGGCCGUGUGGUCGACACUCCGGAAGUCGCGCAACUGAAAUCUGCUCACUUGAGUGCUUUGGCGGAGGCUAACGCGCGCGCACCGAAGGGACCGGGCUUGGUUGGCGGAUACGCCGGACCCGACGGAUCUUACGCUUCUGGAAAUUACAUCUCGCAUUACAGCGGACCACCGGCUCCACUGGGUCCGGACGGUCGCGUGGUCGACACACCCGAGGUUCAACAAGCCAAGGCCGUCCAUUUCUCUCUCUACAAUGCGGAAGCGCAGCGCGUGCCGGCUGGUCCAGCUGAUCCAGUUGCUGGCGCCUACGAUCCGUCCUGGAACAAUGCUGGUGCCUACAAUCCCGCCUGGGACGGUUCGGCUCGCAAUUACUACUAAAAGCGAACGUCGAUCGUUCGCAGGGAAACGACCGGAUCAAGGCGACCCGAGAAACGCGCUUCCUCUCGUCGAAUGGACGUCGAUGUUCCAGCGGGAUCGAUCGAUCCCGCUGGAUCACGCGAGGUCCUUCGGUGUUCUUCAGCUACCUCAGAAUUGGAAGACUAAAACGACACGAAUUAGAGAGCGUGGUUGGGCGAGAUAAAUCCUUUCCGUUGCAUUGCGAGAGAAUUAAGGAGAUUCAGUUCGAUCAUGAUCCAGCGACUGGGAAAAACGCGGUAGUAACGGCCGGCAACGCGAUGCAAUUGAACGGUUAUUUAUGCUCGGAGACCGCGCAAGAGAUAUGAUCUGUCGUACAUAUAUAUUAUAUCCCGCUCGCUGUAUUAUGUCGUUAGCGUUCCCCACGUACUCGAGAUCGUGUACAGUAAUUCGUGUCCCGCGACGCAAACGCCGUCACGACGUUAACUACCUCCUACGAUCGGUCCGGCCGAUGCAUCCUCGCUGAUUCAUCUCCCGAUGAGCGAUAUAGAGCUUCCUGCCUGCAUUUUAAGCGUUGCACUUUGUACACUUCCUAUUGUCACGUGCGACCACUUGUAUCCGG